AUGGUUCUUUCUUCUGUUCUUGGAUUCCCCCGUAUUGGUCCUAACAGAGAGCUCAAGAAGGCCACUGAGGCUUACUGGGCUGGUAAGACCUCUGCUGAGGACUUGCUCAAGGUCGGUAAGGAGAUCAGAGCCAACAACUGGAAGCUUCAAAAGGCUGCUGGUGUUGAUAUCAUUGCUUCCAAUGAUUUCUCUUUCUACGAUCAAGUUUUGGACUUGUCUCUUUUGUUCAAUGUCAUUCCUGACAGAUACACCAAGUACAACUUGCCUGCUCUUGAUACUCUUUUCGCCAUGGGCCGUGGUUUGCAACGUCCUGCUACCGAGUCCAGCCCUGCUGUCGAUGUUCCUGCUCUUGAGAUGGUCAAGUGGUUCGACUCUAACUACCACUAUGUUCGUCCUACUUUCUCUCACUCUACUGUUUUCAAGCUUAACGGUUCUAAGCCUGUUGAUGAGUACCUUGAGGCCAAGGAGCUUGGUGUUGAGACCCGUCCUGUUGUUGUCGGUCCUGUUUCUUACCUUUACCUUGGUAAGGCCGACAAGGACUCUCUUGACCUUGAGCCUAUUUCUCUUCUCCCCAAGAUCCUCCCUGUCUAUGUUGAGCUCCUUAAGAAGCUUGCUGCUGCCGGUGCCAAGUCUGUUCAAAUUGACGAGCCCGUUCUUGUUCUUGACCUCCCCAAGAACGUCCAAGCUGCCUACAAGACUGCUUACGAGACUCUUGCCAAGGAAUCUGGUGUUGAAUUGAUCUUGACCACCUACUUCGGUGAUGUCAGACCUAACUUGGACGCUAUCAAGGGCUUGCCAGUGGCUGGUUUCCACUACGACUUUGUUCGUGUCCCUGAGCAACUCGACGAGGUUGCUGCUGCUCUUACUUCUCAACAAAUUCUUUCCGUCGGUGUUGUUGAUGGUCGUAACAUUUGGAAGACUGACUUCGCCAAGGCUAUCAAGGUUGUUGAGGCUGCCAAGGCCAAGGUUGGUGCUGACCGUGUCAUUGUUGCCACCUCUUCUUCUCUUCUCCACACUCCUGUUGACCUUGCCAACGAGAAGAAGCUCAACCCUGAGAUCAAGGACUGGUUCUCUUUUGCUACCCAAAAGCUUUCUGAGGUUGUUGUCAUUGCCAAGGCUGUUAGCGGUGGUAAUGUUGAGGCUGAGCUUGAGGCCAACAAGAAGAGCAUUGAUGCUCGUGCCAAGUCUGAGAUCACCAACGACGCUGCUGUCCGCAAGAGAUUGUCUGAGGUUUCUGAGGCUGAUACCAAGAGAAAGUCUCCUUUCGCCGCUCGUCUUGCUGCCCAAGAGAAGACCUUGAACUUGCCUCUUUUCCCCACCACUACCAUUGGUUCUUUCCCUCAAACCAAGGAGAUCAGAAUCAACCGUAACAAGUUCACCAAGGGUGAAAUCACUGCUGAGGAGUACGAGAAGUUCAUUGAGAAGGAGAUCCAAGAGGUUGUUAAGUUCCAAGAGGAGAUUGGUCUUGAUGUCCUUGUCCACGGUGAGCCCGAGAGAAACGAUAUGGUCCAAUACUUUGGUGAGCAAUUGAAGGGUUUCGCUUUCACGACCAACGGUUGGGUUCAAUCUUACGGUUCUAGAUACGUUCGUCCUCCUAUUAUUGUUGGUGACGUUUCUCGUCCUGCUGCCAUGACUGUUAAGGAGUCUAAGUACGCUCAAUCUAUCACCAAGAAGCCUAUGAAGGGUAUGCUUACUGGUCCUGUCACCAUUCUCAGAUGGUCUUUCCCCAGAGAUGACUUGUCUGCUAAGGAGCAAUGUCAACAACUUGCUUUGGCUCUCCGUGAUGAGGUCAAUGACCUUGAGAAGGCCGGUAUCUACGUCAUUCAAGUCGAUGAGCCUGCUAUCCGUGAGGGUCUUCCUCUUCGUGAGGGUGCUGAGCGUGCCGCUUAUGUUCAAUGGGCUCCCGAGUCUUUCAGAUUGGCCACUUCUGGUGUUGAGGAUGGUACUCAAAUCCACUCUCACUUCUGUUACUCUGACUUGGACCCUGCUCACAUUAAGGCUCUUGAUGCUGAUGUUGUUUCCAUUGAAUUCUCCAAGAAGGACGACUCUAAGUACAUCCAAGAGUUCUCCAACUACCCCAACCACAUUGGUCUUGGUCUUUUCGAUAUCCACUCUCCUCGUGUUCCUCCUCAAGACGAGUUUGAGAGCCGUAUCCAAUCUAUUGUCGGUGUUUACCCCAAGCAAAACUUGUGGGUUAACCCCGAUUGUGGUCUUAAGACUCGUAAGUGGGACGAGACCAAGAGGCAACUUACCAACAUGGUUAACGCCGCCAAGGUCUACCGUGAGAAGUACGCUUCUGCUUAA